AUGUCCAGCGACCUUCCUAGCCCAUCCAUAGAUCCUGUCAUGAAAUUUGGCCUUAAACAGAGGGCAGGAGGUUGUGGGUCCUCCUGCUGUCAAUCCAGCUGUUGCAAGCCCUGCUGCUGUCAAUCCAGCUGCUGCAAGCCCUGCUGCUCUUCAGGUUGUGGGUCAUCUUGCUGUCAAUCCAGCUGUUGCAAGCCCUGUUGUUGUCAAUCCAGCUGCUGCAAGCCCUGCUGCUCUUCAGGUUGUGGGUCAUCUUGCUGUCAAUCCAGCUGCUGCAAGCCCUGCUGCUCUUCAGGUUGUGGGUCAUCUUGCUGUCAAUCCAGCUGUUGCAAGCCCUGUUGUUGUCAAUCCAGCUGCUGCAAGCCCUGCUGCUCUUCAGGUUGUGGGUCAUCUUGCUGUCAAUCCAGCUGUUGCAAGCCCUGUUGUUGUCAAUCCAGCUGCUGCAAGCCCUGCUGCUCUUCAGGUUGUGGGUCAUCUUGCUGUCAAUCCAGCUGCUGCAAGCCCUGCUGCUCUUCAGGCUGUGGGUCAUCUUGCUGUCAAUCCAGCUGUUGCAAGCCCUGUUGUUGUCAAUCCAGCUGCUGCAAGCCCUGCUGCUCUUCAGGGUGUGGGUCAUCUUGCUGUCAGUCCAGCUGCUGCAAGCCCUGCUGCUGUCAGUCCAGCUGCUGCAAGCCCUGCUGUUGUUAA